AUGAAGAUUAUCCAACGUAUUUUCAAAGAUAUCCAAUUACACCGACUACUUCUGGAUCUGUCUCUUUUGUCGGCGAAGAUAAGUCUGGCGAUGAUAAUUGCAACUUUCAGAAUGAUUGUACCGUGUUCCAUGAAACGUUUAUUAGGAGAAACCGUUCUCAUCACUGGUGCUGGUCAUGGAAUCGGCCGCGAAUUAGCCAUCCAAUUGUCCUCGAUGGGUUGUAUAGUUGUAUGUUGGGAUAACGAUAUUGAUAGCAAUCGAUCGACAAUGAAAGAAGUGUCGAAAAAUGGCGGAGAGGUUUACGGUUUUGUAGUCGACGUCUCAAAGAGAUUGGAAGUGCGCGAGACGGUGAGAUUGAUGAGAAAAGUCGGCGUGCCGGAUGUGACGGUACUCAUUAACAAUGCGGCUGUGUUAUAUCAUAAGCCAUAUCUGAGUCUCGAUCCGGACGACGUGGAGAGGACAUUUGACGUUAAUGUACUUUCGAACUUUUGGACGAUAGAAGCGUUUCUACCCAUGAUGUUGAUGAAAGGGAGCGGUCACAUAGUAGCGAUAAGUAGCAUGUGCGGUAUUUACGGGGUGUCGCAAAAGGUGGCGUACUGCUCAUCGAAAUUCGCUGUGAGAGGUCUUAUGGAGGCCCUUCGCGAGGAAGUGCGAUUGGAUGAGAGGAAACCUAAUAUCCAUUUCACGACGAUAUAUCCGUUCUACGUCGACACAGGAUUAGCGAGGGAUCCUAAAUACAGAUUUCCUUAUAUCUUUGGGGUCGUGACACCGGAAUACGCCGCUCGGGAGAUAAUUAGAGCAAUUCGAAAAAACUAUACGGAAUAUUCAAUACCGCGAUGCCUCUUUUCUCUGAAUGCAAUCAACAGGAUUGUUCCUGAGAACGUGAUGCGUUUGAUAUUAGACUUUUUAGCGGAUGUUAAUCGAAAGCAGAAAGAAAGAGACGCAAUGAAUUUGAAACUGGAUUUGAUAAAAGCUUAGAGACUGUACGCAGUGAAGGGGUACUUAU